CACCAUUUAAGAAAAACACCUGGACAUUCCCUCUCACUCCAAAUAUAUUGGGAAAUACGUAUAUUCGUUCCUCUUCUCAUAAAGCGUCAUUUUAUCCCCUCAUCUCUUCCCCGUACUCGACUGCCUCUCUUUCCCUCCUGUAAUACGUCGCCGGAAUCCGCCACUCUCCGGCGUCCACGCCACUCCCUUUAACCACUAGAAAAACCUAAAACCACCAAAGAUCACAAUUACAUUUCAUCUCUGUUUUCUUGAGAAAUUUAAAUGGCCUCAAUCACCUCUAUAUCUCCCACACUCCCCGUGACAACGGUACCAAAACUCUCCAUCUACACAAAAUUACCAAACUCUGUUUCUUUACGUUGUUCGUUCACUUGUUGUUUAGUUUCGAAGCGCGCAGGACCAAGGGCCUGCAACAACGGCGGAUUGCUUACAUUCGCUUGCUCGACGUCUCCGUUUAUAGGAAGAGUCGGGUUACAGAGAAGAGAAGGCAACGUUUCUCUUUUGUAUUUUGGGAUUAAUCCUGAUGCUGAGGUAUCAAAGACUGAUGCUUCUCAGGUUCUUUCAGCAAUGCUUCCUUUUGUGGUUGCUGCAACUGCUAUUGCUGCUCUUGCUCAGCCAUCUACUUUCACUUGGGUAUCUAAGGAGCUAUACGCCCCAGCCCUUGGUGGGAUCAUGUUGUCAAUUGGAAUUAAACUUUCUAUUGAUGAUUUUGCUCUUGCAUUUAAGAGACCUUUACCACUAUCUGUUGGGUUUCUCGCGCAGUAUGUGCUAAAACCAGCCCUUGGGGUAUCAGUUGCAAAGGCAUUUGGGAUGUCUCGGAUGUUCUACACAGGUUUUCUCCUCAUGUCUUGUGUUGCAGGGGCUCAACUAUCAAGCUAUGCCAGUUUCUUGAGCAAAGGGGAUGUAGCCAUGAGCAUUCUCCUUACUAGCUCUACAACAAUUGCAUCAGUGCUUAUCACGCCUCUUUUAACUGGCCUCCUCAUUGGCUCUGUUGUUCCAGUUGAUGCUGUUGCCAUGUCAAAGUCGAUAUUGCAGGUUGUUCUUGUUCCAGUUACCCUUGGCCUCGUGCUAAAUACCUAUGCAAAGCCAGUGGUAAAUGUUAUUCAGCCUGUGAUGCCAUUUGUUGCUAUGAUAUGUACCUCAAUUUGUAUUGGCAGCCCUCUAGCUAUAAAUAGAAGUCAGAUUCUGUCCACAGAGGGUCUCAGAUUGGUUCUUCCAGUUUUGGCAUUUCAUACAGCUGCAUUCGCUUUUGGAUAUUGGAUUUCCAGAAUUCCAGCUUUGAGGCUAGAUGAAGAAGUUAGCAGGACAAUUUCAUUGUGCACAGGAAUGCAAAGCUCCACACUGGCAGGUCUUCUUGCAACCCAGUUCCUUGGGACCACUCAGGCUGUCCCACCAGCAUGCUCGGUAGUUGCCAUGGCGAUCAUGGGUCUUUCUCUUGCAUCUUUCUGGGGCAAUGGGUCCCGAAUAAGAGACCUACCUUCUCAGCUCUUCCCACAUUUUGGUUCUACUGUGAAGGCUUAGCAUAACAUCACUAGAACAUUUUGAGCACAAGAUGAAGCUAAUUUAGUAAACAGAAAUUGUCUGGGUACUAGAAGAAUCCGUCAGCGGUGAUUGUUGUAGAUAACUAUACAGUAUAUAGAAGCAGUGGCAAAAUAUAGAUGGCAGGAACCAAGGCUGUGCCUGGUGUUUGUAUAGUUAGAAGAGCUGUUUUCAACGGUUACAGCUUAAAGUUGCUACUGCAUAUAUUAAGAGGCACAUAAAUUGCAAGGUGCAGUGAAAGAGUAUCUGUGCCUGGCUGCUUGCCUAAUGCCAAUAUGAAGUUUUGCUCCUUUCUAUCCUAAUGCCAAUAUGAAGUUUUGCUCCUUUCUAUCCCCUUGUGAACGUAUUCUUCAGUGCAUUAUAUCUGCAUUUUUGUAUUUUUUUUUGUUUAUAAGUGGACAUUCUAAGGGGGUAGAUCUCAUGGGAUUAUAUAAAGGAAAUCUGUUCUGGAUCAGUGUAUUCUUGAUAUCAUGCUGCCGGAUUGCUCAGCCUGGACAAUCCAAUUUUCUGGGUUUUCAUUAUAGAAUUUGGCCAUAAUGAUCGUUUGUGCGUCCAACGGAGCUUCUUCCAAAAUUAGAGCUGGAGGCCCCAUGCUAUCGGUUGGAUUCCCAUCGCUUGUCUACUGUUGAUGAAGACAUUAUCUUAGAGGUUCAUCAUUCCCGGCUGCUGCCUCCUUCCAUAUCAACUCAAUUAAGUAAAUUUUAAAAUUUUGAUCCUAUUAACUUUUUGAUCCAACUCAUUAUGGUAGAUUUGCUAGAUCGUUCCUCUC